AUGACCGAUCCGUUGUCAGUGCCUGGAGCUGCCGUUGGCGUGAUAUCGCUCGGUCUCGCGGCUUGCCAGGGCCUUCUAGCAUACUACGGACCGUACAAGGCCUUUCACGAGGAAAUCGACAACACGCUAUGCCGGGCCAAAGGUUUGACCAAGACUUUGAGUGUACUGAAAAAUAUACUCGAUGAUGCCGAGAAUUGGGACGUAACCGACGGAGUCGAGUCAGCCCAGAUCGCGAUCGAAAUGAUCAAGAACUGUGAACACAGGCUUAGGAGCCUUGAGAAAAUGUUACAAAAGUGUCGAAGCGUGGCACCAGCACAGAGAAUAGUCAAAUCCAAGCUGUGCAUCGACCGCAUACUCUAUCCCUUUCGACGCGAUACACUGGUGGCUCUGGUCGAGAUGCUGAACGGGCUGCAGAUGAACUUGGACACUUCCCUCCAUGUGUUGAGCUAUGAGACGACGUGCAUCAAUAAAAAGAACGUCAAGAUGGCCAUAUCACGCUCUACCGCCGCCGCAUCAGAAACGAGUCAGGUUCUAGACGUUGUUCGAGAUAUACAGCAGAGGAAUAGUGACUUCGAAGGGAAGCUAGACUCCAUAGAGAGUCGCUUGAUCCGAACAGAAACUACCAUUGUUCAGCAUCAGACUCACCCAAUAAUGACACCAGGCCUCCUUCGAAUGUUUCUAGACAGUCAAGGUGAACUCGACGAGGACAUCAAGCGAUCCGCAUUGAAUAUGUCGCCGGACCUGAGAGUCACAGGGUGUAGAUGCACAUAUCUGCAUAACCACGAUGCCGUCCCCACCGCACGACAAACUAGACAUUCCGGUAGGAAUUGGUGUCGUUGCCAUACUUCAGACAAAAGGCUCGCAUCUCUCUGUGCCCAGCACACCUUCUGCAAUUCGCUAUUAAGAUGCUGUGUCACUGUUUCCCUUGAAAUAACUCACGGCGCAGGUGGACUUUCUAUCAGUCCCGGACUCAGGUUCCGUGCGGUCGUACCAGCCAAUUCGCCAACAUUCGCACUUCUGUCCAAUAAUUCGCAUGUCCUUUGGGAGAUGUGGGCGCGCAAAGAGUCCGCUAAAGUCAAUGAUGCUCUACAAGACACCGCGAAAGGUUUAUUGGAAAUGUUCCGUGAUGGCAGCGCUUGCCCAACGGAUGCGCUGCCUAACGGAGACACUAUUUUACAUGUUGUAGCACGCUGGCACGAACUAACCAGGUAUUGGAGCCCAGAUUUAAACAUUCAGUGGCGCAGACUUAUCAAGACCCUUGUCGGCAACGGGGUGGCCCCAAGCAUCGUAAACAACAAUGGCGAGACUCCUAUAGACAUCUUGAUACGGGGAAUGUGGGGAUGCUGCCUAGGGAUGCCCAUGGAGCAGAGCUCAGUCGACAUCUGCUCUGAUCUGGUCAGCGCCGGGGGGUAUAUCACCUCAGUCGGUGUCUCCAAAUGCACACAGCUAAAAUUCUACGACAACGAAGUAACCACUGUCCCCACUCGUCUGAUUAGGGAUAUGUCGGCUUUUGUUGUCCAACGAGUCGCCGCUAGAGUUGGAUUCGAAGGCGGCGAAAUUCCCGAACAACUUGGUCCUGCACUGUCUCAAUCAAAGUCUGACCUCGAGUGUCUCUUGAGGAAUGGGGCUGAGCUGGCCGGCGUAUUGGAUUACUAUGUACAGUGGCCAGUUGGCCUUGCGCUGCUGCUCGACAGCGGACUUGUCCCGUCGUGUAGGACCUUGGCUGCGGCAUUCGCGGCUAAGUGUAACAAGAGCAUCAGGCUCCUUCUUACGAGAAAGACCCUUGGCAUAGAUCGCAACUGGCUACAGAUUGUGAGCUGCAGCAAUGACCGAGAAAUCUUAGGGCUCGCUGUCCAGGAGCUCGCGAGUCGCAGACAGUGGCUACAGCUUUUGGCCGAGACUCAUUUGCCCAGUAAAAAGCUUUCACAGCUGAUAAUACAGCCUGGUUGUCUCCUUGACAGCACAGCCGUGGAUGCAUCUCGAUUGUUAACGGCCGCCUCUGUCGACAUUGGCUUCCCAGAAGAUACCACCUCCUGGCUGGUCUAUCGCCAAACAGGGUGUAAUUUGACCUUGAUGGAUCUUCUGUGGAAGGCUGGCUUUCGCGAUACAAAUGGAAGAGAUCAUAACGGGUUUACCUGCCUGAUGGGGCUGAAGGACAAGUACGACCAUAUAGAUGGCCCAUCUGCUAUAUUACAAAAAGCACAAUGGCUCAUUAGCAGAGGGGCAGAUCCGCACCACAUCCGCAAUGGCUGUCCAGCUGUCUUUUAUAUAUGCUAUGAUCUCGGCCUUGCCUCGUACAACUUUACCCAAAAUACCAACUUUGCCAUGGACUUGUGGCAACUAAAUGGCCAGUGCCUUGAGCUCAUGAGAAGCUUACUCUUCGACCCUUAUCAAGAUAUGUGCAACUGCUCUUGCUCUUUGUAUGGAUGCAGCGGCAUAUCACGGUUCCUAGACGGGUUCGUCGCCAAUAUAUAUGGCCAUGAUGAAAGCGGUAUUUUUGAGCUUCUCGCAGCGGCUCUGGAUGCUAUUGCGACUUCACUUUCCCCUUCAUGUCCCGGAAGUAUUCAUGAUUUGAUGGCGCCUGAUGUGCUUAGCUUUAUCACGUCCCACGCCCUGCACAUCACUCAUACCUGCACUUGUCAUGGGCAAUGCGAUGGUCUCCCGAGCGACGAGCUUACAGAGCUCUUAUAUGUGGAGCGCAAUCCCCACCGGAUGCACGAGUCGCUCAUGGACGAGUUUCUGCUCGAAUAUUCGCACCAGAAUGAGUCUUUACCUCUCUACAUUCGGGGCUACUGGUCAGAACGCAUAGGCCAGGUCCUUUCUCCUGACGAAGAAGAAGCAGGAAGGUUGCGCGAAAUGGGCGUGUUCUUGUCAGAUGCGAGUAAUUCAGAUCCAUUGGCCAAUUAA